AUGCGCAACGAAAACAUCACAGCACAUGCUGGAGUAUUAUCUAUGGCUGCAAUAAAGACAAAGAUGGAUCUGCCCAUGGACGAGGAGGUCUACUGCAUUGACUUCUAUUCGAGUACAAGAAUGCUGCUGUAUGGUGGGAAGAACAACAAGUGCAUUGCAGUGAAUGUGGAUACUGGGGAUGUGGUGGCAGUUGUGGAGGAUUUUGAUGACUCGGUUGUGUUUUGCAAGUUUCUGGACUCUGAGAAAUUCAUUGUUGGGUCUUUGGACGGAACAAUUUCACUCAUGACGUUCGAGGGAGAGAUCAACAAUGUCUGCCUAAACGAGGACAUUGCAAGGAUGAAGGUUCUGGGAGAUAAGAUUGUUGUUGGAACAGAGAUGGGCAAUGUUCAUGUGCUUAGCCUUGACCUGUGCUUUCAAAAUGUAUGCAUUGGGCAGCAUGCUGAGAUACUUGAUGUGUGUUACGAGAAUGGCAGGGUUUACACUUUGAGUGGCAGCUCGUUCAUGACGUUUGAUGCAAAUACACACCAGAAGCUGGUUGGAUUCAAGGUUAAAAACGGGCUUUGCCUGGACAAGAUUCCUGAAAGCGAUGUCGUGUGCAUAGGAUCUGAAAACAUGAUUGUAAUAAGCAAAAACACGAGCAUUUUGGCGAAGAUCGAGGUUGAAGGAUCGCCUCUGUGUGUCUUAUACAUGAACAACUACUUUGUGAUUGGAGGAUGCUUCGAAUACAUUUUGCUUGUUAAUAUUCCAAUGGGCAUGCGAGUGUUCAAGAUACCGCUUGGAUCCAUUGAGGUGUGGGACAUAAAGGGAUUUGGGCUGAAUCAGAUUGUGUUUAGCACGUCGUGUGGGCUUGUUGGGCACGGCGACAUUCGGGACGAAAAGAGCUUCAGGCUGUUCAGGACCGAUCUUGGAUCUAUCUUUGAUCUGUGCUUCAAGGAUCAGGUGGUUUAUGCUGCUGGAGAAAACGGAUACAAUGUGAUUGAUCUGUAUGACACCGAUGACUUGGAAUGCAUUGGGCAAAGGUGA